CGCUGAUGCAACGAGUCUCGCGUGUCGCUUUCCCAUGUCUCGUCGCAAGUGUCGAGUAUUUGAAGCCAGCCCUGACGCGCCCUCAGCGGAGGCACUUGCGCCGGAGAAAAAUCAAGAAACGUAGUCGCUGUGAGCUCAGGGAUAUGGAGGAUCUGCUUUUGUCCAGCAUCCGCAGCAAUGAGUUCUCCUGCAUCGCGGAGAAUGCCCCUCCCGCAGAGGUUCAUCCUCUGUAGCCUGCCUUUUCGAUUACAAUUACUCGAUUCCCUUUUUUCUUUGUGACUUGAAUCUGCUGGUGAAUCUGCAUUUGUUGGUUCCAAUUCUAGAAAUUACGCGUUCGUUUUGGCGUCGGUGAUGAUCGAUGAGCUCGAUUGAUGGCCGCGCGUCUUUUCAGGACCGUCCUGCUUUUUAUGAUGCAGAGGUGUCUCUGAAGGCGAUCGUGGUCCUGUGAAGUGAGUGAAUGUCUUGCUUCCUCUUAACGGGCAGGAAGCUGAUUUACCUGUACUCUGUUUUUUAAGCGGACUUUUUCUUCCAGAUUCUUUUGGAUUUCGCUGUGUUGGUUGCGUCAAGGUUUGGAUUCUGUCUUUCCUUUUCUAUAGAUCGAUCACACGUGGCGUCAAUUCUCCUGUUGAAGAUACAUGCACGUUAUGACAAAUCGUACGAAGGAAACUUUGCCUUCUUGAUGCGUUUUGUACACUUCACUUCUCACUCUGGAAUUUACAGUCCUAUACGUUAUUGAACAACAUCCCACACCUUGUUGAGGAGAUACAUUCCCGAACGAAACUUGCACGAUAGUACAUGACUAAUCUAACUUCGUCUGCCGGAUCAGAGCGGCCAGCUUUACUUUCUCGGAAGAAGAAGUCGACACAGAACAGUCCAACCCAGGAUCCAGAUGCCCCUUAUCAUAUGUGCGAGGAUUGAGUCGUUCGUCAAGGACUUUCUUCGAAGACUGGUGUCAUCAGAGCCAUCAAUCUCUUCAUUGCCUCUGGUGAGCAGAACAACGAAGAAUGCUCGCAUACAAGAAGAUUGUUUCGGCAAAGGGUCAAGUAUAUUUCUUAUGCAUGCCACGUUUGAAAGAAAGUUCACCACAAGGGGUGGAGUGAAAAUUUUCCUGCGAGUAUGGAUGCUUUUAGAAAUUUGCUAUCGACUCCUUAUAUCGGGGAAACGAGCAACCCAGCGCGAGAUUUAUUACAGGCUAGUGGGUGAUCCAUCCUGCUGCGUCGAAACUCCGCAACAAGUCAAUGACGCAAUCCAAGAUGCUGUGGCCCUUCUGAAGUGUAGCAGACACAGUCUUGGAAUUUAUGCUUCCGGUAAAGGACUCCUGGUUGGCCGGCUCGUAAUUCAGGGACCUGAUGGCAGAAGGAUUGACUGCACAAAAUUGGGACCGAAUCAUUUCCCGAUAUCGGGUGAUAUAAAUUACAUAGAAAGACUAGAGUUUCUCUCGGACGCACGGUACAUUUUUGUUGUAGAGAAGGAGACUGUCUUUCAGCGGUUAGCCAGAGAUCGUUUCUAUCAUUCUGUCCCUUGCAUUAUAAUCACGGGGAAAGGUUACCCUGAUUUGGCGACGAGAGUCAUACUUCAUCGAAUACAUCGGACUUUUCCAACUUUGUCCAUUUUUGCUCUCGUUGACUGGAAUCCCUCCGGCUUAGCUAUAUUGUGUACUUACAAGUUUGGGAGCAUAAGAAUGGGGCUGGAAACUCCUCAUCAUGUUUGUGAUGUCAAAUGGCUGGGAUUGAGACAUGAAGACCUUCAAUAUAUCUCGUCAGAAGCCAUGCUAGAUCUCAAAGGUCGUGAUAAGGUGUUGGCCAAGAGUCUACUUGUUUCCAAGAUGCUACAGAACAAUGAGAAGUUAAAGAACGAGCUCAUCCAGAUGAUACAAAACGGGAAACGCGUCGAAAUUGAAGCACUGCAUGCAAAUGGCGAAAGGUUUUUGGGGAAUUUUAUAGCUGAAAAAGUCGUCCAGCAUGACUACAUAUGACUGAUAAGGGUGACAGUGGUCUGCUCACGGACUAUUACGGCGCAGUGAUUGUCAGAUUGUCCACCAGGAGUCGUUAGACGUUUUCAUGUCCGUAUAUCGUACGACUACGUCUGGACAUUGCCCAAUGAAUUCUCCUCUUCACAGUUUUCGUGGACUGGAAUUCAACCUUUACGAUUCUGGUCUGGUCCUUUCCAGGCUCAGGAACAGUUUCCAUUUGAUUCCUCUAUACCCCUUGAACACUACUCCGUUCUUGAAAGUCGUAGUCUAUCAUCCCAGUAUCUACAAUCCCAUCAGUACUCAUUCAGAGCUUGCAUCUGUUCAGGUCAGAUUUCUACGCACUUGACUUUCCACGAGUCCUCUGCAGUCUCCUCUUGCUUUACUGAUCUCAGAACUUUGGUUGCUUGUGUACGUGAGGCUUCCUUGACAGAUCAUUAGUCAGUAUGAAGCUGAACAUACCUGAACAUACCUUAGUACUGUUGCAUAUCUGGCUGAGGGAUAUGGUUUUCGCCAUGGCACUACUGCAGGACUCCUCUCACGAGGUAACCUGUUUCCAUAAGGUAGUAAGAGACACCGAACUUGUAUGCACCGUAUGGUGGAAGUCAUUGGACAAGGGAAGUUCACUAGGCCAAAUGUUACUUUCCCUUCUACUUCUAUCGUUGCACAGCUUGACCCAUAGCUAAAGCCUGAGUUCCGAAGGUCGGACUUGGCAAGGAAUUUCAACAACACCAUUUAAAUGUCAUAACUCAAACCGUUGAUUUGAAUCUGCACAUAAGCUUUUAUAUUUAUGAUAAACUAAAACAAAUAUUUUCAUGAUCCAGUUUCAUCGUUAAAUAUCCUACACAUAGUCCCAAUAUAUAGCACGCUAAGUUUUAACAUUAAACGUUGGUAUAACUAAGGACCUUUAGAAGUGUAUAGAUACUCAUACGAAGUUGUUAACACAUUUUUCAUUUAACAUUUUCAGUGACUAAGUUU